CAUAUUUUCUUACACUCGUAUCGCACACACAAUGAUCCGGAACAGUUUGGUAGUCUUUAUGGCGGUUUGCGUCGCUGUGUCCACACAGACACGGAUGCGACCGACACUCCCGUCGACUGUCAAUAACUUCUCCGAAGAUAUGAUUGAUUACAUCAACGGAUUGGGCACUACGUGGAAGGCCGGUAAAAACUUUAACAACUACUCCGUUGAGUACAUUACUCGCUUGUUGGGAGUGAGGGACGACAAUCACCUGUACUACAAGACCCAUGACAUCCCGUUCCUGACCCACGAUGUCUCGAACCUCGCUGUUCCCGAGACUUUCGACGCUCGCGAACACUGGCCGGAGUGCACCACCAUUGGAGAGAUCAGGGAUCAGGGAUCUUGUGGCUCGUGCUGGGUUUUCGGAGCUGUAGAGGCCAUGUCUGACCGCAUAUGUAUCGCAUCGAAGGGCCAGACGGUGGUGGAGGUGUCGGCCGAAGACCUGUUGGCCUGUUGUGGCAUGACGUGUGGUAUGGGAUGUGAGGGCGGAUACCCAUCUGCCGCCUGGAACUACUGGAAAACCUCAGGACUGGUGUCGGGAGGUCUGUACAACACCAAAAAGACGUGUCAGCCCUACUCGAUCGCGGCCUGUGAACACCACACGACCGGCAAACUGCCCGCCUGUAAGUCCGAACUGGAGCCGACCCCCAAGUGUCAGCAUACCUGUGCCUCGGGCUACGCGCGCAGCUAUACUGCGGACAAACACUUUGGAGCCUCUGUUCACCGAAUCGCCCGAAAAGUGGAUCAAAUCCAGGCGGAGAUCAUGACGAACGGACCCGUGGAGGCAGACUUCCAGGUCUACGGAGACUUUCCUAACUACAAGUCCGGUGUAUAUAAGAAGCACUCGACUCAGUUGCUCGGCGGACACGCCAUCAAAAUCUUGGGCUGGGGUGUC